CAACGCCGGCGGUUCUGACGGUGCCUGAAAAAUGCUGCGCUUCUGGAGGACGCAGAGAAGCUCUACCUUGUCAAGCGCCUUGUCUGUGAGUACACUGGUUCAUGCAUGAGAAAGAGGAUGUAUGGCUUCUGCUGCUUCAGUUCGCGUUUUGUUUGUGUUUUUGUGACCAAGAUCGUGGAGAUGAACGUUCACAUGGACUGCGACGGCUGCGAGAAGCGAGUGAGGAAGGCCUUGUCCCGGCUCGAAGGGGUGAGCACGGUGGAGAUCGACAUGGACAGGCAGAAGGUGACGGUGACGGGGUACGCGGACCGGCGGGAGGUGCUGCGGGCGGCGCGGCGGACCGGCAGGGCGGCGGAGUUCUGGCCGUGGCCUUACGACGGCGAGUACUACCCGUUCGCGAUCCAGUACCUGGAGGACGACACGUACAUGGCCACCAACAGGUACUACCGCCACGGCUACAACGACCCUAUGGUGGGGACCUACCCCUGCCACGCCUUCACGCACGUCCUCGACGACGACGCGCUCGCCAUCUUCCACGACGACAACGUCCACGCAUGCACCGUAAUGUGAUGCAUGGUAUCGAUCUAUUUGACUGAUUGAAGAAAACACCGUAACUAGUAUAUACAGGCUAAAAGUUAAUUCCAUCUUAAAGAUGAUAAAGAUGAUCAAGUCACGUGCUCGAUAGCAAAAUUGUCGCUGUCAAAAUUUAACUUGUUCAAAGCCAGUGGCUGGUAUCAGUCACCAAGGUAUCUGUACUUUCUGCCAGUGGAUUAAUUAGAAUCAUUGGACAACGCAAGUUGUCCAGUGGUGCAGACAGAAGUGUUUAUACCAUCAACUCUUGGCAUGCAUACGUUCCUAGUUAGUGUGGGGAAAAGAUCUUAAGUCAUAUGCAUGCAAGGGAUAAAAAAUGUUGGAAUAUACCUUUAUCAUGUGUUUACUAAA